UUAUAUACAGUCUGUGGUCAGACCCUUACUAAGGGCAGAAAAGCUCGAAGUUAGUCUGCAGCUGAGUGUCAGACGGUGAAGACAGACAGUGGGUUAGCUGUGUGACCUGUACCUGCUCAGUAUGUAUAAACUGGUUCCCUCUCUUAGCGGCCGUUGUGCAGUUUUAACAGGACAAAUCUGCUCUCGGCCCGGUUCCGUUAAGUUUCACUUGGCAACUGGUGCAUUAUGUCAGAAAUCAGCCUUCAAACACCCUCCUGCAGACAUCCCAGAUAUGCCCCCUUGCAACUUCAAGCCGGAGGAAUACACAGGUAUGUCCAAAGAGCGGAUGAUGGAGAUCCGCAAAAGUUAUUGCAACCCCAUGACCAUGAAGGUCACCUACUAUAAGAAACCAGUGUUCAUCCACCAGGGAUACAUGCAGUGGCUUUGGGAUUUGGAGGGGAGAAGAUAUUUGGAUCUAUUUGCUGGUGUGGCUACUGUCAGUGUGGGCCACUGCCACCCGAAAGUAACAGCAGCCGCAGAGCAGCAGUUGAAGAGACUGUGGCACACUACAAACAUCUACGUCUAUCCUCCUCUCCACGAGUAUUGUGAAAAACUAGCUUCCUACUUCCCAGAUCCUCUUAAGGUGAUAUAUCUGACCAACAGCGGCUCAGAAGCCAAUGACCUGGCCAUGCUGAUGGCUCGACUUCACACAGGCAACUUUGACAUCAUCACUUUCAGAGGGUCAUAUCACGGUGGCAGCCCACAGACCAUGGGUCUUACAUCCAAUGCAGCAUAUAAAUACCCCAUUGCCAAUGGUUUUGGCUGCACAAAUACCAUGUGUCCUGAUGUGUUCAGAGGUCUGUGGGGAGGAAGCCACUGCAGGGACUCUCCCGUGCAGACCAUCAGAGAAUGUAGCUGUGCCCAAGGUCAUUGCAUGGCAAAUGAACAAUACCUUGCACAGCUCAAGGAGACAUUUGCUACAAGCGUCCCAGGUCGAAUUGCUGCUUUCUUUGGAGAGCCGAUUCAGGGAGUUGGAGGAGCUGUGCAGUACCCGAAAAACUACCUCAAGGAGGCUUACAAACUUGUGAGAGAGAGAGGAGGAGUCUGCAUUGCUGAUGAGGUCCAAACUGGAUUUGGGCGAACAGGAAAUGACUUCUGGGGUUUCCAAGGUCAUGAUGUCAUCCCUGAUAUGGUCACAAUGGCGAAGGGUAUCGGUAAUGGAUUCCCAAUGGGAGCUGUUGUUACAACACCAGAAAUUGCAGCCUCAUUUGCGAAGGGGGUUCACUUCAACACCUUUGGAGGAAAUCCCGUGGCUUGUGCAGUUGCUUCAUCAGUGCUUGAUACUAUCAAAGAAGAUGGAGCUCAGCAGAUCAGUCUGAAUGUGGGCACCUAUCUGAUUAAAGAACUGGCAAAACUCAGAGACAAGUAUGAGAUUAUCGGCGAUGUCCGUGGAAAAGGCCUCCAGAUUGGUGUGGAAAUGGUCAAAGACAAGGCCAGCAGAGACCCACUGCCUGCUGAAGCAAUGAAUGAGAUCUUUGAGGACGUAAAGGACAUGGGAGUCCUGAUUGGAAAAGGAGGACUCUACGGACAGACCUUCCGUAUAAAACCCCCAAUGUGCAUUACAAUGGAAGAUGCAGAUUUCUUCCUGGCGGUUUUUAACAAGUCCAUCCACAACUACAUGGAAAGAAGAUGAGAGUCAGUUAAAGGUCAGCUGGAUUGCUCAAUGCCAAGGACCAAACCUGGAAACCCUCUGAGCAGUGGACUGUAUUUUGUAUAUCCUUUAAAUUGAAAGACUACCUCUGUUAACGCCUUUGCAUAGGAAUUAUGAAAGGGUAAAACUAUGUUGUAAUCAAAAGACUUAAUUCACUUAACAUACCUCACCAGAUAAUUGAGAAAAUAAUCCUUUAGGGUCUUUCUUACAGAGCUCUUACUUUACUUUUUUAACCACUGUCCUAAAAUGCAUUUGAAUUGCAGCUGUAUUUCUUUAGACUAGGUCUACAAUGUACUAUCCGUCCCAAACCUUCCAAAAAUGUAUUUUUUACUGCCCAUGUUAUAUUUUGUUCUGUCCCUGGGACUGUGGGACACCCUUAAAUUGGAGCCUUUCAUUCUAAUAACUACAUUGAAAUGUAUUUUCCUUGUUUUGCAUCUGCUGAAUCAUGCUUGGAUGUAAUGUUGUAUGAUUGUAAUUUCUGAACACAUAUUUUGGUGGUGAUUAUGAAUCUGAAUGUGAACAAUAAAUCUGUGAGCUUGAGAAACAACCAUGUGCUAUUACAC